CCAUAUAUCAUCAAAUCAAAUCACAUAUAUUUUCUAUCAUCCCAUAUUGAGUAAUUAAGAACAUGUUCGUGUAUAUAUAUGAGCACUCAAAAUAUAUAUAUACACAUUUGAGGUAGGCUAGAUAAAUCAAAUGCCAAGAGACAGUGCGCUAACGAAACCGGUCGAUCUGGAUUUUGAAAUAUACAUAUAGAAAAAACACGUACAUACACUAGUGUACGCAGUACGGGCGCUUUCUUUAAUUAUUAAUUUCUUGUUAUCAUCGAUCAUAUGAUCAGUCAAGAUUUGAUUAGUGACAUUUGGUUUCUAAUUAAUGUGCUACGUGAUUUAUAUACGUACGUAUUAACAUACAACUAACGCAUCGGUUUGAGCUUGAUCCAAAAUAAUGGGUUUGGUUUCUGGAAUGUUUAUGGGUGCUUUAUUUGGGAUUUCGAUAAUGGGGGGUUGGCGUUACAUGAUGAGGCAUCGAAGUAGCAUUCGUGCUGCAAAGGCAGCCGAUAUAAAGCUUCUUGCAUCGCUUGAUAGAGAAGAUCUAAAGAAACUAUGUGGUGACAACUAUCCUGACUGGAUAUCGUUUCCUGUUUAUGAGCAAGUGAAAUGGCUAAACAAACAACUUAGCAAAUUGUGGCCAUAUGUUGCAGAAGCAGCUGAAAUUAUAAUCAAAGAUUCUGUUGAGCCAAUAUUAGAAGAAUAUCGUCCAUCAGCAAUUUCGUCUUUGAAGUUUAGCAAACUGACUCUUGGAACCGUGGCACCAAAGAUUGAAGGUAUCCGCAUUCAGAGCCAAAAGCAAGGACAAAUAACAAUGGACUUGGAUUUCCGAUGGGGUGGUAAUCCGGAUAUUGUUUUAGGAAUAGAAGCCGGUGUUGUUUCGUUGCCGAUUCAGCUAAAGGAUCUUCAAAUUUUUACUAUUAUACGCGUUAUUUUUCAACUUUGUGACGAAAUCCCUUGCAUCUCAGCUGUUGUUGUGGCUUUGCUUUCUGAGCCAAAGCCAAGAAUUGAUUAUACAUUGAGGGCAGUCGGGGGAAGUUUAACAGCUAUUCCUGGAAUUUCAGAUAUGAUUGACGAUAUUGUAACAACAAUUAUAACAGAUAUGUUACAAUGGCCGCAUAGGAUUGUUGUUCCUCUUGGUGGUGUACCUGUAGAUACAAGUGAUUUGGAGCUUAAGCCGCAAGGAAAGCUCAUGCUAACAAUUAUGAAGGCAAAUAACUUGAAGAAUAUGGAAAUGAUGGGAAAGUCUGAUCCUUAUGUGGUUGCAUACGUGCGUCCAUUAGAAAAAUUUAAAACAAAAGUCAUCGAGAACAACCUAAAUCCUGUUUGGAAUCAAGUGUUCCAUCUCACUGUGGAAGACAAAGAAUCCCAACAUGCCAUAGUAGAGGUUUUCGAUGAAGAUAUUGGAGCUGAUCAACGAUUGGGCAUUGCAAAACUAACAUUAACUGAUCUUGAACAUGAAACCGAAAAAGAAAUUCAAUUGAGGUUGUUGCCUUCACUUGAUACGAUCAAGGUCAAAGAUAAGAAGGAUAGAGGAACUAUCACAAUUAAGGUCAAAUAUCAUGAAUUCACUAAAGAAGAACAAGAUGCAGCGUUAGCAGAAGAAAAGAGGAUGCUUGAAGAGAAAGAAAAAAUGAAAAAUGAUGGCGCCAUCAAAAGCACCAUGGAUGCUAUUGAUGAUCCAAAACAUGUGACUGGAUGAGGUAAUGAAAAUUUCCCUUCUAGGUGACCGAGUGUAAGAUUUGAUCACAAGCUCCUUGAAAAUGUUCAAAGUAAACUAAUCUUACAAUUCAUCAGUUGAAUUUCCUAGUUACAAGCCUUAAAAACAAGUUGACUACACAUAACUCUUGACUCAUAAUUAUGAUAUCUAUUAGUUGAAAUGGAAAUAUGUCCAUUAUUCAA